AUGUCAAAUAAAUCCAGUUUGGAGCAGAAGCUUUCUACAACAACAGUCAGUUCAGUUGCUGUUCAGGCCGGGGAUGCCAGUAUUGUUAUAGCUGUACUCAAGUGUGGAAAAUGGGUGAAGCUUCAGCUGGCUGAAUCAACACCAAAUUUAUUAGAAAUUGGCAGCAAUCAAGAUGAGACUAAAAAACUACUGCAAGAUCAUGAAUUCCUCCUAGCUAAACUUAAGGCUUUGGAAGACCAGGUAUGGGACCUGCUGCAUGAAGCAGACAAGGCUGCAGAGGAGAACAAAGAAAAGAGUCAGGUUUAUGAUGCCAUGGCGGAGACCCUUGGGGAUGCAUGGGAUGCCCUCAUCAUUAUGUUAGAGAAGCGACAGGCACUUCUGGAACUUACUUCAGUGUUCUUUGAAAAUGCUUUGGAGUUUGCUGUUAAAAUUGACCAAGUUGAAGAUUUUCUGAAAAAUGCCCAAGAGUUUGACAAUAUUGACUCUUUGAGAGAACUCCUUCUGCAACAAGAGCAUCAUACAAAAGAGCUUUUGGAAAAGUCGCUUGCACUUUUAAACAAAAGCCAAGAGCUAACUGAAUUCAUAGAAGAAUUCAAAUGUGAGGGGCCAAAUGCAAAUCCAGAGAUGAUUCAGGGAGCCCACAGCAGCUGCUUGAAAAUUGAUAGUCUCCUUGAAAUGCUACAAGACAGGAGACGGCAACUGGACAGAUUUCUUAAACAUCAGCGCCAAGGACUGGAGCAGGUUCUGCAAAUUUGUUUGUGGCACCAACAAGAGAACCAGGUAACAUCGUGGUACAAGAAAAACAUCAGAGAUUAUUUUCACAAGCAAAACUUAGGCUCAUCUCUAUUGGAAAACGAAGAGUUACUUCAGGAGCUUGAAGAAAUGGAAGUCAAAGUGAAAGAAUGGAAUUCCACUGUGAAGCAACUGGAAGCUGAAGCACUUAAGAUCUUGCUUUCAGAGGACUAUACAGAAAAAGAACAUCUAAAGCUUUCAAAUCAGAAAAUCUGUCUGUUGCGAGAAGAAGUGUGUUUCCAUAUGGAAGAAAGGAAAGCGCUGCUACAAGAGGCCAAUGACUUUUUUCAUACUGCUGGCAAGGUACUUGAUGGUCUUGAAGAUAUUGAGAAUUACCUUAAAAUCUUUAAUUCAGAAGGCUUACAUUUGCCUAUCUUGACAAUGAAAUAUGAGGAAUUACAGGAAGCAAUUAAAGGCUGCACAGAGAGUACCUUGCAAAAGGGACAAACUUUAGUUAAUAAAGCACAUUCUCACAGCUCUUGGGCGACAGGAAUUCAGAAAAUGAUGGAAUAUGUUCAAAAAAAAGUAGAUCAGUUAAUCAGGCAGUGUCCAGAUUAUGAAGAAUUUACUUUGAAGAAACAACAAUGGACAGCCUCACUUGAAGAUCGUCUAAAUAAGGUAUCACAGUCGAUUAAAAAAAUCACCCCAGUGCUUGCAGUUGGUAUGGAGAUUGGUUCAUAUUUGUCUGAGUCGGAAAGAGUUUUGAACAAACACCUUGAACUGGCUAAAGAAACAAAGGAAACUUCACAUGAACUGGAAGUAGCUGAGAGAAUCAUCAAAGAUAUGGAGACGUUUGAACCUGAGCUGGUGGCAGCUUUUUCUAGCAGAACUGAUUUUCUGAAUGAAGAACUGAAAAAAAUUGAAAAAAAUAAUCGUUCCAAAAUAGAUAUUCUAGAAACUUAUGUGGCCUUUUUAAAGUCAGCUGUGGAGGUGAAUGAUGAUAUUCAAAACAUGAAGAAAUUCUAUAAAUCAGCACCACUACAAACAAACAGGGAGGCUGAAAAUAAAAUUGCAAUGGAUUCAGCUAAUACACAGUGGCAAAAGACUAUAAAGAAGAUCUUUUCCACCCAAAAUAUGGGUUGCAAUUUUCUUAAUUUAGUAAAUAUGGUAAAUGAGAGUUUAAUAUUAAAAGUAGAAAAAUCUGUACGAGUAACAGAAGAUAUCAUUGUUAAUCUGAGUAGAGAAAAGAAAAUGCUGACCAAUCUUUGGGCAAUCUGGAAUUUUAAAAUUACUCAAGUAAAACCAAUCAAACAACAGUGCCGGAUAUUUACAGAGCAACUAAAAAUUACUACCCAUGGAUUAGAGAUUCUUCAAGAGGCACUCCAGCUUUCAGCAACAGUUGACCUUGGAAGUGACCUUUUUAUUGUUUUGGAACUACAAAAAAAGCUUAACCAAAUGAAACCACAGUAUCAGCAACUGAAUGCUGAGCUGGAGUACCUGAUAAAAUUAUUAGAAUUGCCAAGCCAGAAAGGAUUUCCUGUGAAAGAGAAUUCUGAGAGAAUAAGUGAGCUUAUUCAUCUCCAUCAGACAGUAAAGGACAUAAUGACAGAAUACGAUGAGAUUUUCAACAAGACAGUCAAAUUCCAUCACAUUAAAAAAGAACUGGAAUGUCUAUCAAAAUCAGGAGAAAUGGAUAUUCCUGAAAUAUGUGAGGACCCUGAAAAUGUGCAUCAUGCUAAAGCCUACCUUGUGAAUGCUCAGGAGAAACAUGCACAUAUCAGACGUCUAUAUAAACUGCUUAUUACCCAGGGAGUGGAUAUUUUGUCUGCAGUGCAGCAACCUAAUUGCUUGAAUGUUUCUGUAAAGAAUCUGAAGCAAGAACUUGCUAGAUUUGAGUGUGAUAACAUUAACUGGAGCUCCAAAGCCGAUAAAUAUGAGGAAGAACUGUCACAGCAUUUCCAACAUUACACCACUCAAGAGGAGAUAAAUGAGCUCAGAGAAUCAUUUAAGGAUCUCAAAAAGAAAUUCAACAAUUUGAAGUUUAACUAUACGAAGAAAACUGAAAAAGCUCGAAAUUUGAAAGUACUUAAAAUACAGAUUCAGCAAGUUGAUACGUAUGCAGAGAAAAUACAGAUUCUUAAAAAGAAGAUGGAAAAUUUAGAGAAGAAAGUCAUUGGCUCUGUAACAAAGGAACCUAAUGCUAAAGUUAGAGUACUCUUGGGGUCAAUCAGUGACUUACAAAAACAGCUGAAUGACUUUAACAGAGUUGUGGAGGAUUACAAGCAAAAUCUGGAUCUUGUGGAGCAUCUGCAACAGAUGAUGGAAGAGUGUCAAUUUUGGUUUGAAGAUGUGAGUGCAACAGUCAUUAGAGUUGGCAAGUAUUCUGCAGAAUGCAAAACAAAGGAAGCAAUAGAGACUCUCUACAAGCAAUUCAAUAAGUUUAUUGAGCCUGCAGUGCCUCAACAAGAAGAAAAAAUUCAGCAGAUUAUAGACACCGCUAAACGGUUAUAUGGUAUUGAAGAAGGAAAGAAGUAUGUUGAAAAAGCCAUAUUAAAGUACAAAGAAAUCAUUAAUUCUGUUGAUGAGUUGUGUAGAUCUCUGAGAGAACUUAAGGAGAUUAAGGAGAGGAAUAAAUUGGCUGAUAUUCCAAUUAUCUGUCCAGCUGGUAAGGAUCUUGUUUCACAGGAUACAGAGCUGUCAUCUUCAGCCAAAGAGGAUGGUUUACAGACUGAAUUCCUGGCAGAAGAAAUACCCUCCGGAGAUGAAUAUGAGUGUAUAUCACCUGAUGAUAUCUCUUUGCCACCACUUUCUGAGACACCAGAAUCCAACUUCUUACAUUCUGAAAUGGAGCUAGAAGAGCAGUGCUGUUGCAGUUCUCAUAGUCUGCAUGUCAAUUCCUAUAGCUUGCAAAUGCAGAAAAACACUAGUAUUAAAAAAGCAAUGGAAGCUUUUGAUCUCUUAACAAAUUCUGCUUAUGCUACAAAUAAUAGAACGGAAAGCCCAUCAGAUCAGUUUGAGAAGUUUUGUAUUUCUUCAACAGAUUCUGGCCCAAAAGUCAGAGCAGUAUCUCCUUUGACUUGUAGCUUACAAGGAAUAUCUGAAGCUAGUACCGCUUCCUGCACUGUGAAUGCCAAACCAGUAUAUAGCAUGAUGAGUGAAGUGUGCAAAACACGUUUGCAACACCUUGAGUUUCAUAAAAGCAUGGCAGAAACACAAGAACAAUUGCAUGACUCAAAUAACUGUACUAAAACCCAGGACAGGCUGCAUGCUUUGCCUGAUGCAUUCUCAGGUUUUGUGUUUCAAUUAGACGCCAACAGAAGCUGUCAGAGGCAGAUGGUCACCCGAGAAGAGAUUAAAAGUUCAACAGAAAAGAACAGCAUGGCCAGCCUAACUGGACAGGCUCCUAACUUCUCCCAGCUUCUGUCUAACAAAACCGUCAUGGAAGGUUCUCCAGUAACUUUGGAAGUAGAAGUAACAGGAUUCCCAGAGCCUACACUGACAUGGUACAAGAAGGGCCAGAAACUGACUGCAGAUGAGCACUUAAAGCUUUUACAAAAGGAGACAAAGCAUACUUUGUUCAUUCAGAAGGUGUGUGAUAAAGAUGCUGGCCUCUAUGUUGUUCGGGCUAAAAAUUUGAACGGCACUAUCUCAUCAAGUGCUAUUCUCCAUGUGAAAGGUAACAGGCCACCUAUUACAAGAAUAGACUGGAUAAUGCUGUGUGUCAUCUAUAUUAGCAUAUCACUAAUGUACUGGCUAUUCACAAAAUAA